UUCAGACUAUUGAUGGCCGGAGUCUAACCGACCGACACAAACGGUUGGGCUCCAGCUCUUGAGCCGCCGCGUCGUGCCGGACCAAAGGAUGGAAAAAGAUCAGUAUAUUAUCAUAUAUACACGUUUGUUAAAGCAGCUUCAGCGAGAUAUGAGGAAAUAGGAAGAAUAUAUACGUAUAUAUAUAUCCGGGUGAGAGGAUAUAUGAGGAAGAAAAUUGGAUAUUUUGAAGAAACUGGAAGGACGAGGCCGCUGAUGUGUUGGUGGAAAAUGGGCGGUUUACUGUGGUGUGUUGUGGUGGUGGUGGGCAGCUGCUGGUGUGUGGUGGUGGAGGGCAGCAGCAGCAGCAGCAGCAGCUUGGUGGAGGGCAGCCACAACACCUUCAAGGAGGAGCUGGUCAUCCGACCCUUGACCUCGGGUCACGUGUACUCGCACUUCCAGUUCACCACCGCCUGGGUCACCCCAGAGAUCUCUAGAGCCAUCACCGACUACCACGACUUCGAAUUUUCACACUAUGACUUGUUUCCUCGUGCAUUUGGAGAGAUAGUGGAACGCUACCAUGUGAGAGAGCUGCAUCUCAGUUUGACUCAAGGACUGUGGAGGCACCGCAAAUGGGGUUACCCCAUCGUUGAUGCCCCACCUGGUGCUCAGCUCUGGGUCUGGUUUAAUCCUACGACAGACGACUUAGACCAGACAUGGAGAGACUUGGUGAAUGCUCUCAGUGGUCUUGUUUGUGCUUCAUUGAACUUCAUUGACUCGACAAACACCGUCUCUCCGGAACUUAGUUACCGUCCUCAGGGUCUCGCUGAGCAGUGGUAUGCUGGUAAUUCUUCAUACAUGCGUUACGCUGCUUUACCACGUGAGAACGUAUGCACAGAAAACCUUACACCCUGGAAGAAGCUAUUGCCUUGUGACAUGCAGAGUGGUCUGUCGAUGCUCCUUCACCCGGUCCCUGUGUACACGGCGCACUAUCACGCGCUCUCUCUUCAUCUGCGACCUUCGUGUCAGGACGCGAGUUGUUCUACUGCUCACCUAGAACUAACGCAAGCAUUGUCGUUGGUGCAAGGUCCAAUUAUAUCGCCCAGUGGACACCAAGAUUGGAGUCUGCAGCAGCUCUUCUCAACUCAGUUGAUAUAUACUUGUCCUUUGGCAUCAAUGUCCAAGAUAUAUGUAGAUGUUACUGACAACGUAGAUAUGAAGAAAUUUACGUUGAAUCCUGAGCCGGACAGCAUUGAUGAAAGUGGCAGCGAAACUAGCCUUCGUCAGCUUGCUGUCUAUGACGUACAAGCUUCACUGACAGGAGAUGCAUUCAACAUAGAGGCUACUUACAAAUCUCGUCAUAUAUACGGUAUCAUUCCCUCUCCUCACCUACACGUUUCUCGAUAUAUCACUGGUUAUGGGCAAGAGAGUGGUAGUAUUACAGUGAAAUUUACCAACACCGCCGCCACUGCGUUAUCCGUGGUGUACCUUGAGGUUCUUCCGUGGUAUCUGCGUCUCUUUCUCCACACUUCUCACACGCACGGGCAGAUGAAAUCUUUGUACGUUUCAAAACUGGUGACUGCUCGAGACCGAGAGCAGGGAUGGCUCUACGAGGCAGUUGUGGAGAUUCCUGCCAAGUCGACUAUAGAGCUUAGUCUAGAGUUCACAAGGGCUCUGCUUAAGUGGCUGGAAUAUCCCCCAGAUGCAAAUCACGGCUUCUAUAUUCCAUCAGCAACCAUUUCUACAGUUCUCCCCACUCCGCUCAAUGUCUCGGUCAACAAUCUGACUGGUUCUACGCUGAAGGAAAAACUGGUGGUGUCAGACAGUGCCAGUUUUAUACGGAUACACACGGAGACUCUCCUGGUGAGUCUACCCACUCCAGACUUCUCCAUGCCAUACAACGUCAUUUGUCUCGCGUGUACAGUGGUGGCUCUGGCGUUUGGACCAAUUCAUAACAUUACCACUAAAAAGUUGGUAUUAAAGAAAAUAGAAAAUAAAGAAUCAUCCUUCAGUCGUGUAAUAAACAGAAUCAAAAGCAUAUUUAGAAGACGGGAGAAGACCAAAAUUGAUGCUGCGGGUAAAGAGGCUACAAACGAAUCCGUUAUUGUGGAGGAAAAUCCGCUCUAUGAAGAGAGAGAGGAGCUGGAGGACAUCACCGAAGAGGAGGAGGAUGACGAGAAAUCCAGCAGCAGGUCGGGAAGCGGCCAUGAAAAUAAGAAAGAUAGAUAGAGAGAGAUGUUAAGUAUAAUAAUUGUGGUAUUAAUGUACAACAGACUAUGUAACAUUACAGGUUGAUCUCUUGCACAUACCUCAAGUUCUUAUAAAAGUCAUUAAAUGGUUAUCAAGUCAUAAAGAAAUCAAGUUGAUUUGAGUGUUUGACUGGUAAAUUUAAUUAUUAUAAUUAUGGGUUGAUUGGCACUAUCUACUGUAGCAGUGUUAAUGAUAUUUAACAUUAAGUUGAUUCUUAAUGUAUUAAAAGUUGUAUCUGAGUCUGACAGGGUUUUAUGGACAGAAUAUAGCAAGACGUGGCGGAACAUGUGGAAUAAAUGGGGUGAAGUGGAGGUACCAUAAGCACGAUUCAACUCUUAAGGUGUGCUUGGUACACUUGUCUCUAUAUACUAGUCACAAAGCGUGCGAUGUGUCAAUACGCUUGAAACGUGACCUGCAUGUCCUUGAGCAGACCAGCAGGAUGUGGCUUAGUGUUUCACGACCGUGACAAACACCGCUUGUUCCUGAAGCAGGAACCACCCUCUUGGGUGCUUGUGACAAUUGAGAAAUAAGAAAUGCAGGUGAAACCAUUAUUGGUUUAGAAUUUAUACUAAUGUAUAACUCAAAUUUCAGAUUGACGGUUUGUCUUUUGAUGGACUGUGAAAAUGAUUGUACACCUGUCGAGUCUAUUUUGGUAGUUUUGAUAAGUUAAUCUAUUAAAAUAUUGUGGAGAAUUCAAGUAAUAAUUCAAGAGUUUCAGUUUGGUUAUGAAGAUACUGAGAAAGUCCCUUCCUGCCAUCUUAGUUUGGAUAACUCGAUAUUGUAAAUUGAAAGUGAAUGUCGGUAACAUUUUCCGUUACACGAAGACAGUUGGCCUGCUGUGCUUUAAACAUCAAAGCUAAGAUAAUGUUUCUUGUACAGUCCAGCUUAAUUCUUUGUUUGUCUCUGAAACAAUUUUGUGCAUACAGUAUAAUUAUCUUUGAGUUUUUGCACUUAAGACUUAUCCCUAAAUCUGAAUAAUCCAAAUUUUAGAGGUAGAAAGUCAGGUUUGCUACUUGAAACCAUGUAACAAGUAUAUACACAUAUACUUAUGUGUAUAUUUAUGCUAUACACAUAAAAACCCUGCUUUUCCUGUGAUCAAAGCAAAUUGCCCAUUGUAUGAAUUGUUACCAGAUUUUAAAAUGGAAAUUUUUUUAUAACCUAAACUGUAAUCAGUUUAAGGCCCAGGCUGUUUCCUGGUGUAAUAUCUCGUUGAAGCACAUUUUAACACUUUGCCUGGCCCGGCGGGCCACCGCAAGGUAGGCCAGGCAUUGUCUGUGAGCGCACAACCCAAUGUUAAACUCUUUCACUCAGUGUUUAUACAGUACUAAUGAGAAUAAGCAAAAAUUUAUUGCUAGCGGGACAUAAACAUCAUGUCCCGAAUUAUGUGUUUAUUGUUUUAAUGAAACAAUAUGUAAACGUGAACGUUAUCAUGAUGCCAAAGUGUUAAGUCUGCUGAUGCUGUUCAUUCGUGUCGUACCAUUUGACGCAAAUCAUACCUCUGCUCGGUAAAGACUGCUUCCAGAGCCUUUGCGUCUGGCUUCUGUACCAUACUCUCCUGUCAAUAAUGUGAUCAUUUAGGUUGUAGCUUGUAAUACAAAACACUACAGCCUUUGUCAAUCACAUUUUGAAGGAACUUGUGAGGGGGUUCUGUAGCACAGUGGUCUACAUCCUCGGCUCGCAUCAAGGGAGUCGGGUUCAAUCCCUAGUCAGGACAGAAAUAAUUGGGGAUGUUUCCUUUCACCUGAUGCUUCAGUAAGCAUUAGGUGAAAUAGGUAAAUACGUACCUAUUUACCUAGCAGUAAAUAGGUACCCAGGAGAUAUGCAACAGUUGCAUCCUGGGGAAGGUCAGAAAUUGUCCUAGGGGGGGGGACCUCGAUAAGCAUAACUACGGGCUUCCUGUCCCCAACAACAGGAACUUUUCUACAGGACUUUUCCAUGUGUUUUGCACAUUGGUCAGUAAUGUGAUGCAAAUACUGGAACGUGAGUGGCCGAGAUGUUUUACGCAGCUUCAUUCCACUGUGCACAUUACGAUCCAAGUCUCAUUAUGUUUCUCAUGUUCUAUAUAUUAAGAUUGUAAGGUAUUCCUCGAGACAUUCCAGGGAGCACUUCCCAAGUAUAUAAGGUGCUCACAAUAAUGUAUAUUUACCAGAAUUUACCUGAGGGCCUCAGUUUCGAGUGGCCUUGAUGGGGGCAGGAAGCCAAUGGCUUGUCAAAGGUCCCCCAAUUUUUCCAGCUGUAUGAAAACUGAAGUACUGUCCUGUAUGUUCAGUUCAAUUAAUAGUAAUGGCAAAAAUGUAUCGUAUAUUUUGUUUUAAUAUUUUACACAGUAUGGUUUAAGAAUUUCCUGCCCUCCCCAAAAAAAUUUGAUGUGAUUUAAUAAAUACAUGCUCCUAGGAACAUUUUUAAUAAGCCUACAUAAUUAUAUAUUGAUACUUAAUUGAAAUGUUUAUUAAGUAUUCGUCGUACGGAUAACUUGCGGUUGUCUCCUUGCUGCUUCAAACCCUGAUUAUUCAUCUACCAAUUUAAACCCCUGGUAGAUGUGGUUUAUAUCUACCAGAAGUUUCAAGGUUUACAUCUGGUAGACAUAAACCAUGAAACUGUGGCAAGAGCGGCCACCAGAGUCCUGUUCCCCCAGAUGAUGAUGGUCGGUGGAGCUCUGGUCCAACUCCUGGUUCGUCACGUGGCAGUAUCAGACUGUCACGUCUGAUACUGUGUGAACACGGUAGUCCAGUGAACAUGCUAGUCAGGUGAACACAGGUAAGCCAGGUGAACGCAGGUCACCCUCGGGUGAGAACGGGUAAAUACAGGACCUGUAUUAUGUGCGAAGUUAUCAUUUGUGACACCCAUAGGAUAGUAACAUCAAAACACUCCAAAACUGAGUUUUAUUUCCAUCUAAAUUUUUAAAUUUAAUAAUAUACAUUCAUAAACAGAUCAAGAUUCUUAAGAACUAAACACCAGUGUCAUAAGAAUUUAUUAAAAUAUAGAACGUGAUAAUGUUUCACUGACCAGAUAGCGACUUUAUGCAAUUUGUUGGAGGCAGCAUCUUGUUGUCAAUUGUUGGGAGCAGAAUGUUCGAUAAGGUUCAUCAAGUUCCCAUCCUCCCCUAAGGCUUGGCCAACUACUGACCUUCCCGUCCCCCAUGUAACCCACAGCAAUUCCCGAAUUCCCAAGUUACGGGACUCGAUACCCUGCUCCCUCCAACAAUUACAUAUCUAGCUAUCCCCAUGUACCAGUUACAAUAUAUGUAUUUACAAAAUCAAACUUUCUUAACAGUUAACACUAACCAAAGUUUGAAGUUGAAAGUAUGAAAAAUAUCUUGGUUUUAUAAAUCUAUUUGAAUGUACAAUAUUACACUGUAGAAACUGCUCCUAAUAUGUAGGCGCAUCGUGGCAUUGUACGCACUUCUUGCAAUAUGCAGGUGCAUUGUACGUAUUGCUUGCAAUACGCAGGCACAUCAUGGCAUAUGCGCUUCUCAGAAUUUGAAGACAUUUAUAAGGCAAUUA